AUGGUGAAUCUGGAGUCUGUGCACACAGCUGUCCCUGAAGAAGGUUCUGACCCCAGGCGUGGUGGCAGCUGUCACUUUAAGGCACUCAAGAUGAGUGGCAAUGUGGCAGACUCCACGGAAGCACGCAACGAACCCGACCAAGUGGAACCAGGAAAUGAACGAAAUGGGCUGGACUUUAACAGACAGAUUAAAACAGAAGACCUCAGUGAUUCCUUGCAAUCUCCGGUACAGCCCAGAUCAGGCCACCUAGGACAAGGAUCAUCAAUGAUGCCUGGAAGCCAAAUCGCCGGGGAUAUGAGUUCUCUUCACACCCUGCAGCAGCUUGUACUGGUGCCCGGUCCUAUGCAAUCAGUUCCUCAGUUCCUGCUCUCUCAGGCCCAGGCUGGGCAACAAGCUCUGCAGCCAAACAUUCUCUCCUUUCCCCAGCAACAGAGCAGCCUCAUCCUCUCGCAGCCUGGACCCAGCCUAGCAUCACAGGCAGUGGGACGUUCAGGGCUCCCUGGGCCGUCUUUAGAGCCCCAUCUGGAGGUGCCACAGCACUUGCAAGUUGCAAAACACAUGCCGUCUUCGGCCGUAUCAGACGAACCCAGCGACCUGGAGGAGCUGGAGAAGUUUGCUAAGACUUUCAAGCAGAGGCGAAUCAAACUGGGGUUCACCCAGGGCGACGUGGGACUGGCCAUGGGUAAGCUGUACGGCAACGAUUUCAGCCAGACCACCAUCUCCCGCUUCGAGGCUCUCAACCUUAGCUUUAAAAACAUGUGCAAGCUCAAGCCCCUGCUGGAGAAGUGGCUGAGCGAUGCAGAAUCCACUCCUUUGGACUCCUCCGUGAGUACCCCUAAUUCCUACCCUUCGGUGAGCGAGAUGUUCGGGCGGAAGAGAAAGAAACGCACCAGCAUCGAGACCAACAUUCGUUCCACGCUGGAGAAGAGAUUUCAAGAUAACCCCAAGCCCAGCUCGGAGGAGAUCUCCAUGAUAGCAGAGCAGCUCUCCAUGGAAAAGGAAGUGGUUCGGGUUUGGUUCUGUAACCGGCGCCAGAAGGAGAAGCGGAUCAGCUGUCCAGUGCCAUCCCCCAUAAAAUCACCCAUCUACAACUCCAGACUGGUCUCUACCUCAGGCUCCCUGGGCCCCCUCUCAGUCAAUCCGAUCCACGGCACCAUGCCUGGGACAGUAACAUCGUCAUGUUCCCCUGGGAACACCAGCAGGCCCUCAUCCCCCAGUACAGGGCUCCAUGCCAGCAGCCCCAGCGCAUCCCAGAGCAACUCCAAAGCCACAAUGAACUCGUCCAACUUCAAUCCUUCUGGAUCUUGGUACCGAUGGAAUCAACCCACUUACCUCCAUUGA